AUGCCGCACUCCCACCACAGCCACUCGGGCCAAUUCUGCCCGGGCCACGCCCGCGACUCGCUCGAGUCGGUCAUUCAACACGCCAUCUCUCAACAGAUGACCGUCUUUGCCCUGACAGAACACAUGCCGCGGCACGACCUGGAUCGGUACCCGGAAGAAGGCGACACGUCCCUCGAGCAGCAGCUGGCCAAUGAGGACUCUUACGUCAAAGAGGCACACCGUCUGCGCGCCAAAUACGAAUCCCAGAUCCAAAUCCCAAUCGGCUUCGAGGGGGAAUGGAUCCGGCCGGAAUCGCAGCAGUUGAUCGAGGCUAGCAUCCAGAAGCACCCGUAUGAUUUCUUUAUUGGCAGUGUCCACCACGUCCACACCGUGCCGAUCGACUACGAUCACGACAUGUACCGCGAGGCACGCAGCAAAGCCGGCGGCACGGACGAGAGGCUGUUUGAGGAUUAUUUCGACGCGCAGUACGAGAUGUUGAAGGCCGUCAAACCACCCGUGGUGGGGCACUUUGACCUCAUCCGGCUGAAGAGCGACGACCCGGACGGGUGCUUGGAGAGCAUGCACGGCGUCUGGUCGCGCAUACUGAGGAGUUUGGAUUUCAUUUCCGGCUACGGUGGGGUCCUGGAGAUCAAUUCAUCCGCGGUCAGAAAGGGCAUGCAGGAGCCGUAUCCGAAGGGCGAGAUAUGUCAAGCCGCCCUGGCAAGGAACAUCCGAUUCUGCCUGUCAGAUGACAGCCAUGGCAUCGAUCAGGUCGCCCACAGCUAUGGGCGGGUUCUGCAGUUCCUGGACAAGAUGGGCAUCCGGUCUCUCUCCUUCAUCAAACACGGUGAGUUUACCGGCACGGCCGAGCGGAAGGGAUCACCAGACAAGCGUUUUCCAAGCCUGCAUGUCGAGUGCGUGGACGUGAAGGACCUGAAUGUGAACAAGUUUCAGCAAGUCACAAAAACCGCCUGA